GCGGCCGGCGGACUCGCUGCUCCCGGCGGGCCCCGGCCCGGGCUGGGGGACGCGGCGCUGGCGGGUCCCGGUCCCCGACCCGGAGCUCGGAGCCCGCGGGCCGGGCAGGGGCCGGGCCCGGGUCCGGCGCGUAGCUCUGGGCCCGGGCCUCAGCUCCCGGACGGCGGAGCCGGGCAGCGCCUCAGGGAACUGAUGGGAUGGCAGCCCCCAGAAACCGGCCUGAGGAGUCGGCAGCAGAUCGGCGAUCGGUGCUGAAGGUCGGUGAGGAAUAAAACCACGCAGUGCCGGGAUGCAGAGCGGCAGAGAUGUGCUGGGUGACAGCAGCUGACAGCUCCAGCCUGCCCCACGCCAAGCCUUCCCCCACUAGAGGACUUUGCAAGAUGUGGAUGCAGCAGAGAGGUGUUGAAGGGCCGGAGCUCAGGCAGGGUGACGUGGAGCUGCAGGGAAGGUCAGUAGGUUGUGGCUUGAUGUGAGAACCAAACAGGGGAGCCUCUGCAGCUGCGCAGGGAUGUGGCCCCAGGAGUCACUGUUUGACUCAGAGGGACUGGUGAGGUGAAUUCCGGCGUGGCAGAGCAGGAGAUUUCCAACAGCCUUUUUGUUGUAUGUGCUGCUGUGGUGCCAGGCUGGGUACCUGUCAGGCCUUGGAUGCAGAGGCUGUCAGCUGUUCUUGCCAAAGCGUGACGUCUUCCCGUGUUCACCUGCUGCUGAACCCAGUGCUCCGGAGUGGGAGUGGGUCUGUUGGGAUUGAUUCAGAGUCGCCCUGAUUUCUCACUACUGGGUGUGUAACUCCUGCGUGCUCGGUGCUCGCACUCACUGACUGUAAGCAGGUGGCUGAAUUUUUGUGUUACUUGGCGUCUGUUAGUUUUCAAAGUCUGAAACAGAUCGGUGGUUGUGUUCAGUUGCUGAUAGGGCUGUGACUCUCAAGGACCUUCCAUCAAAUGAAGACACCUUCCCAUCCCUGAGCAGCAGAUGUCACAUGUCCUGAGUCUUCACUGCUCUCUGCCCUUCCAUCCGCUCCUGGAUAUGAUCCCAAAGCUGAGAAAUCAAUAUCUCUUAGUUUUAGGCUUUGUAGAUGUGUUUUUUUCCAAAGCUAUGUCUUUAAAAGCACUUGCUGGUCUCUGCCUUUUGGGAUGCACGUGCUUCUAUCUCCAGUGUCUGCUCUUUCAUCUCAGUGCUGUACAUUUGCUAGAAAAUGGGAAUAAAUGGCAAAGAGGGACGAUUUGCAGAGGCUUUACAAAGCGUGCGUCCGAACACCUGAUGUCUGCUUGAAGUGUGCUGUGCAUUUUAGGAGGGGAAUUAUGAUCUAUAUUCAUUGAGGAGCACAAAGUGUGCCUUCUUCCUUCCCGUGACGUGUGGAAGAUGGGGCCGUUUCCCUCGUGCUCUCGGUGGCUCUGACACCUGGUCACCGUGAAGUUCCAGAGCAGACAGACAGGCAGUGGCAGUGGGAUUUUCUCACCUUCAGAAAACCCAAACAACCAGUUGCCUAAUGGGAUUACCUCUCCUGCUGGCGUCAUGGGGAGCUGCUGCAGUUGUCUGUGUGGAGACAACAUCCCAGACAACCACCCCACCAAAUUUAAGGUAACGAACGUGGACGAUGAAGGAAACGAGCUGGGAGCUGGGCUGAUGGAGCUGACGCAGACGGAGCUCAUCUUGCACACUCACAAGAGAGAUGCAGUCAGGUGGCCCUACCUCUGCCUGCGCCGCUACGGCUACGACUCCAACCUCUUCUCCUUCGAGAGCGGCCGUCGCUGCCACACGGGGCAGGGGAUUUUUGCCUUCAAAUGUUCCAGAGCGGAGGAGAUCUUCAAUCUGCUCCAGGACCUGAUGCAGUGUAACAGCAUCAACGUUGUGGAGGAGCCUGUUGUCAUCACCAGGAACAGUCACCCUACAGAGAGGGAGCACUCCCGCACCCCCCAGGCCCCCACCAGUCUGGGGUACAGCGUCCCAGGAUUUGCCAAUGGAUUCCACAGUUUCCCUGGAGAAAGCCUGUCAUACCUGGCAGCCCGCCACCCCUCCAUGAGCAGCCUGAGGCAUUCCUCUGUGGGUGAAGACUCCACUCAUGCCCUCAUUGGGCCUGACGAUCAGUCCCACACCUACGUGAACACAGCCAGUGGUGAUCAGGAGCUGAGGGGCCAACAUUGUAUGCACUCCUUGCCUGAAGUCCACCCUCCUUUCCCCCAUAGGAAACGCAGCUGCUCCCUCGAAGACCGCAAUCCCCAGGUCUUCCUGCAGCCCGGGGAGGUGAAGUUUGUGUUGGGUCCCGCGCCCAACUACAGGCGCAUCAGUCGGCACCACCGGGAGUGCAGGACGCACUUCUGUGCUCCCAGCAACAACAACGAGCGCGAGGAUGAGUGCCCUGCGCCCCAGUGCGUCUACGAGAAUCUCAAUGGCUUGCUGCCCCCCGGCACCUCGUCCCUCUGCCGGGCCGGGCGCGUGAAGGUCCCCCACGAGGACAAGGGCUCGUCCGGCUGCUCCCAUCGGAGGGCUGCAUUGCUGCACUACGAGAACUUGCCGGCGCUGCCCCCGGUGUGGGAGUGCCAGCCGCUCCGCCGGGGCGAGGAGGACGCUGGGGACGCCCUGACGCCUUCUCCCGACGGCUGUCCCGAGGCUGGAGAAGAGGAUCCGCUGCAGAACUACGUGAACUCAGAGAGCACCGCGCUGCACGGGGGCAGCAGCCUGCGGCGCGGCGCCUUCCUGCCCAAACCCCAGCGCGGCUGCGUGCCCAGCGUCUUCAGCUUUGACUUCCCCCGGCCCCGGCUGGAGCAGCCGCGGCAGCUCAACUACAUCCAGGUGGAGCUGGAGGCUGAGCCUCACAAGGGCCGGCCCAACGCCCCGGCCUCCCUUGCCCGCCCGGCCGCCUCCCACGAAGCGCCCCGGACGGAUUCCUACGCGGUGAUUGACCUCAAAAAGACAGCAGCCAUGUCCAAUCUGCAGCGGGCCCGGCCCAGGGACGAUGGGACCUCACGGAAAACUCGACACAACAGCACCGACCUGCCUCUGUAAGGGCACCCGGUGCGAGCACUGCGCUGUGCUUUGGUACCCACCCUUCAGCGUGUUGCCCGGUGUGGCUUCCAUCCACCAUUGCCUUCUGCUUCCCCAUUUGCCCCAUUGCCUGGUGUUAUGGGAUGGCUCCUACAGCUGGUGUUCACGCUGCUCUAUCUGUCUGUCCUGCCCUCUCCAUCCUCUGUGCAGUUUGUUUUAUAAAGCCUUAUGGGGUGUUUAAAGACACCAUCUGGAAGUUCCACUGUCUUUCUGGCAAGGGGGGCAGAGGGUGCCCACGGUAGCGCUGGCACUGCAUGGAUACCACCUCCAACAGGGCUGGCCCUCCUGGAUUCCUGCUGCUCCAUGAGCAGUGCUGGCAGCCUGGGAUCUUCUCUGGGGAGACCUGACUGCAUCUCACUGCCCCAGAGUCAGUUUUUGCCUUGUGAUUUCUCUGGUCCCUCAUGACAUGGGAGCUCAUGCUGCAGUCUUUCCCUCCUCAAUUUGCUCCUUUCUUCUUCUGCACUAUUUUUUUGAAGCUUGUAGAAGCUUCCCAUACUUCUGUCCCUUUCUUAGAUUCGAUUUAGAUUGGGCAGCUCUAGAAACUAAUAGAAGAGGACAGACAGCCAUGGACACAAACACUGUGAUCACAGAAACCUCAUAUCCCGAAGAUACUUUGCUUAUAAAGAGGAGGGGCAGACUGCAAGUGUGAGGGGCUGUAGGUUGGGUAUAGAAGCCUUCAAUUGUACUGUACCCAGUUUUGAUUUCUGGGAGGGGGCUGUUCAGAAACACUGUUGAUUUGUUUACUGGUUUAUUUAUUAAAUGUUCUUUUUGCAUCCCGGUGGAGAUGGCCAAAAGUGGUGCCAGCGCGACACGUGUGCUCAUGUGCCCUCUGUCUGAGCAGAGCUGCUGGCGUUGUAGGGCUGCCGUCAGUGAAAAGAGCAGCUGUGAUUCAGUGUUUUUUAACUGGGAUUCGCUGUUGCAGAGAGGGUGGGUGGGUGUGAGGUGGCCGGGCUUGGAGCGCUAUCAAAGUGGUUGCCUGCACCCACGUUCCUGGCCAGGUCCAUGAGAAAUAUUUGAUCCUGUUUAGAGCGAAUGUGUCAUUUGUUUCCUACAGCUACAGACUUGGGAAGGGCUAAAUUUCCGUAAAUGUGUGGCCUUUGAUGUGGAGUUUUCUGUUGACGCUGAAGCUGAGCUGUCAGGCCUCCACGUGAGGCCCUGUGUCGGCUCUCUGCUGGUGCAGGGCAUGCCUCCACACCCCUCUGCGUGGUGACAUGCUGCAGCUUCACCCGCAUUACUUUUUGCCUCCUUGGGCUGUAUCUGUGAGACAGAAGUGCUCCGGAGUCGCUUUGGAGUCCCACCUUUCUGCUUUCUGUUCUUCUCCCUGGGAUGUGAGCGGAGAGGCCCAGCACCCAGCAGGUUGUCCCACUGCCCAUCUCAGCUGUGCCCUCCUCCUUCCAGCAUGGAGGUCGGUGAGCAGCUGCUGUGAAGGAGGACAGCACGCAGUCAUCGCCUGCUUUGGAGCUGCACAGACCCCAUUUCCAUAGUUUUGAUGCUUUUCUAAGUGCUGCCCUGAUGUUGUACUGAAAGGUGGCACUUUUGUGAGGAAGGGCAGUGCCGCGCAGCUGGAAAAGCAACAGAAGUGUGCACAGAGCCAUACCUGUGUCUGCAGAUCCUCAACUUGCUGUUUGUUGCACUAUGAAUCCAAAGUGCCCCAUAUGCUUAAAUUCAGUGACUGUUCCCUUUUUGGGGAAGUUCUUCUUGUCCAUUCUUUACUCUGUGCCAACUUUUACGUGAUUUGUAACAGAAAGGAAACCCAAGGGAUAUGUUUUUGUAUUAUGCCAAAUGACUUUCUUUGAAGGAAAAUGGGCAUCCCCCUAAAAUCUCUAACUUUCAUUUGGAGAAGCGAGAGAAGAAAUUGUUUAUGUAUACAUUAAAAAAAAAAAGUGAACUGUAUAAAGCUUUAACAAAACUGUGUAAGUACAGAGCUCUUGCUCUGUAAGUUCAUCCCCUGCCGUGGCUCCAGCAGCACCAGGAGGAGCCGGGUUCCAGUAGGAACCUGCAUUUGCAGCAUCACAGCCCAGUGAGAAAUGCUAUGCCAAGUGCUCCUACCAGACAAGUGACAAAGGAUGAACAUUUUAGACUUCUGUGGAGCAAGAUGACAGGCUGUGGAUUGGUGCAAUAAGGGGUGUGCUGCUGGGCUCUGAGACACGUGUGCUCCAAAAUACGGCUCACGGCUGCUCUGGGCCUUCCUUUCCUCCCCCAGCAACUUUGGAGCCCCCAAACCUUGCUGGGAUAUCAAAAGCAGGAGAGGUGAGGAGGGCACGCACACAGGGGCUGCAUUACAGCAUUCCCUGCAUUGCUGUGCCUGUCCAAAGGAGAAAAAUAACUCCCUUGUCUCGUUUUUAAGGAAGAGCUGACGUCUGCUGCUGCUGCACUUGCUGCUCUGAGAGCAUCCAGCCUUGCUGCUCUGUGCCCCUCAGCAUGCAGCCCUGACCAGGAGCUGGGAGCUGCAGGCUCACAAAUGAUUUUCUCUGUUUUUCUUGCUUUUGUGAGAAACUUCACAACGUCCUCUUUAAAUAACCGGGACUCUCUCUUACCUUCUUAACCUCCUGUUUUGCAAAGUGCAGGAACAGACCCGAGCAGUUUGAACACGGCUCCGGCAAUGUCCCUGUCUGGGCUCUCGCCCCAACGUUUCCACCGGCUCUCCAGUGUCGCAGCUUCCUCUAGUGGUCAGAGCUGCAGCAGCUGCAGGAGGAGAAACCAGCGGGAGGUUGAGGUGCGGGUUGGUUCUGUCUCGUUCCUUCCGUCCUGGGAUGUGCGUGGUGGGCAGCGCAGAGCCCUCCUCAGAACCCUGCGGGCUCCUUCCUUCUCACUCGUUUCUUUCGGUUAAAAAUCACCUGUAUGAAUUAUGUUGUACCUGUGCAGCACUUUACAGAGGUGGGUCUGGCAGAUCUUGCUUUGAGCCUUAUAUGCAAGUUUGCUGGGCUUUCUCAAUGAGCGCACACUGAUAGGUGUGUGAGUGCCUGCUGGAUGGGAAACUUCACCCGGGGCAGCUGAUGAGCAUCCCGUGGUCCAGCCGUGCUGCAAGGACGGCCUCCCCAGGGCAGCAUGCCUAGAAUCGGUGCUUGCGUCCAUAAACACUUCUGUGGUUUAGAGAUUGAGGGAUUCACCCAGGGCUGAGUGGUUCCCGUUUGAGUUUUGAGUGAACCGAGCAGAUUUCUCCCCUGAUAUUUCUUCCCUGGGGACUGCGUACCCCAGAUCUUCUGCCCAUCCCUCUCCCCAGACUCGGUUGGUAGGAACAGCUUCUCGUGGCUCUCAGCUGUCUUUUAUCAUGGGAGGGUUUAUCUUUUUUUUUUUUUAAUUCUAACCCAUUUAACGUGCCUGCUUUUCCCCCUAGGGAAGGCGCUUGGUUAUUUGUGAGCUGUUUUUGCCUUACAGAGAGAGUGUGGCAAAGGAGAGGCUGAGGAUUAAAAGAUCAAUAUUUUUGCAAAGAGCUUUGAAUGUCCCAGAUGUUACCGAAGCACUAUGUGUUGUUUUUCUUACCCAAGCCAUGCUGGUUGCUGUGAGGAAGCCCAAACCCAGCUUCAGCUCCUGCUGUCCGUGUUUCUGGUUGCAUCCUUCCGAGCCCUAGAGCCCCAUCCCAGCAGUGUUCCCAGCUCUGGUUCUGCUCUGUGCCUAUGGGUGCUGGGUGUCCUUUCUCUGUGCCUCAGUGUCACUGUGGCAAAAUGGGGGAAGAGGCACCAAAGCAUUGGUGCGAUGCUCUUGAGAUACGAGUGGGAGCUCUCUGUCAGGGCUCAGCACCACUUCUGUACGUUCUCAGCUGUUUGCUCUCAAAGUCGUUCUUCUGUCCCUCCGUGUUGUGCUGCUUAGCCCUUCUCGGGUUGUAUCUCGACUGUGAAGCGUCAUUAACGAGCGGUUGUUAAUGAAUGCAUUGCCUCAUAUAGAAUUGUAAAAUGGCUUGGGCUGGAAGGGACCCCGUGGGUCAUCGGGUUCCAACCCUGAGGCCCAAACUCAGCUUGGGGGGCUGAAGCUUGACUUCCCCCGCAGCCUGGCUCCUCCUGAAGCGCCGUGCUCAGGCAGCAGAACAGGUUUAGGUUCCCGUUCCCAAACAGGACCAAAGGUGAAUACAUUAGGG